AGAGACUUCCUGCUCCUGCUUGAAACUGAAAGUAAACUUUGGGCAUUUGGUGUGCGUCACCCCUGAUCAUCUUCACUUUUCUCCGGCUGUUUGUGUGUCUGUAACACGGAGAUGCUGGUUCCACAGCUGCUCCUGGAGACUCUGGAGAACCUCCCAGGUGAUGACUAUAAAAAAUUCAAGUGGUACCUCAGAAUGGAGGUGGUGGAGGGCUGUGAACCAAUUCCUGUGUCCCAUCUGGAGAGUCCACACCAGAUGGACACAGUAAGCAAGAUGUUGGAACGAUAUGGCAAAGAGUCGGCGGUGAAGGUCACAGCGGAGAUCCUUAGAAGGAUGAACCACAACGCUGCUGCAGAGGAGCUACUGAAUGCAUACACAGAAGCUGGACAAAAAAGCAGUUCUACACCUUCUACAUCUUCCACCUCCUCUUCUCCAUCAAUCUGUGCUGACAAUGGAAGUUUGGUCAUCGCCCCAGUAGUCUGUGGAAGUCAUGGAUCAUGGAACAUAAAGAUCACCAAAUAAAUCCAAGGUGUUUUUUGUUUGUUUGUUGUUUUUCAUUUUAUUUUUUUCUUCUUCUUGUUUUUACAUAUUAUUUGGUGCACAGAAUCACUGAACCCUCUGUAGAUUACAUCUCCCACAGUGAUGUAUGCCUGCAGGGGAAAAAACAAACAAAAAAACUGCUGCCCAGGGCCAUAGCCAUCAUUUUUUGGGGGGCGUACCCGCGCACUUGAUGUUUCCAUUGUAGUGUUCCAAGCAUUAAUUAUCUUCUGAAGCAAGUGGUUUUAGUGAUUUCUUUGGUUUGAGUAAUAUCUGAAACAGUUGGUCCAUUUGGGGAAAAAUAACAAAAUAGUGAACAAUUUUCUGUAACAAUUUGAUUAUUAGGGUGUCAAGUAUUUUGAUAAAUUGAAACAGUGUUUGAAGGAGUUUGUUCAUUAUGUGUUUUUACAAUCAUAAAACAGUAACUUUUGUACUUUAAAACACUGAAACACUACAUGAAAAAAAAACUAUUUUAGAAAACUAUAAUUUGGGAAACACUCAAAUCACCAAAUGAUUCAAAUAGUGUAUAAUUUUUGAGGAAAAAAUAUAAUUAAAAAAAUAAGAUUUUUGUGUUAAGUGUUUUAAUCACUGAAUGGGUUGCUUCAUUCAAUGCUUUGAGGGUUUCCCAAUUCAUUUUCUGAAACAAUUUUCUCAUUUACUGCUUUGAAUGUUCUAAAGCAGUAAAUGAGAAAAUUAUUUCAGGAAAUUAUCUCUAGAAGCACUCAAGACACUGAAUGAACCAGUUGAUUCAAAUAGUGAAUAUUUUAUUUGAUUUAUUUUGUGUCAGGGAUUUGGCAAAAUAAAACAUUGUUUGAAACAAUUGUUUCAUUCAGUGUUUGAGUUUUUCUCAGAUGAUCAUUUUCUGAAAUUGUUUUCUCUGUUUUGUUUUCUCUGUUUUGAAUGUUUUGAAAUAGUGAAUAAUCUUCUGAAACCAUUCCUUCAUUUUGCCAUCUGAAUUUUUGAAACAGUGAAUCAUCUACUGAAGCACUUGAUUCUUUAUUGUGUUAAUCAUUUUGUAAUAGCAAAUCACUUUCUAAAAUCACUGGUUUCUUUAGUUUCAAAUGUUUCAAAACGAUAAUUUUUCUUCAGCAGUUAUGCCGCUUACUGUUUCAAAACAGUAACAUUUUCUGAAGCAUUGCUUCAUUUUCAUUCAUUUUGGUACUUUGUGUAUUUUGAAACUGUGAAUCAUAUUCGGAACCAAUCAUUCAUUUAUUGUGUCAGGUACAACAAAGCAGUGAAUCACUGUCUGAAGCAACUGGUUCAUUCAGUGUUUCAAAUAUUUAAAAAUAACAUGACUUUCAUUUUCUGAAGCACUGGAUCACAUCAUGAAUCUUUUUCUUGACACAAUUGGUCAGUUUAGUUUGUCAACCAUUUUGAAAUAGUGAAUCGCUGUCUGGAACACUGUUUCCCAUGUUUUGAACCAGCAUAAUUUCGUGAUGCAACUGUGUUUAUUACUUCAAGAGUUUUGAAACAAAUGAACCAAUGUUUGCUGAAACAUUGGUUAAUGUGGUUGGCCUUUGCGGUAUUUUAACCAGCGAUUUUUCAAAAAGGAUCUGUUCUGCUGUCACUACAUGUGUAAUAUUUUGCCCUUCCAAUCCAAAACUAGGACUUUAAUUGUCAUUUAUAAUUUUUAUAGAGUUAUUAUGAUCAUUUAUUACAAUCUUAUGUUCUUUUAUGUCAUAUUCUUGAAAACUACUAUCUCUUAACCAUGCCCAAUAUGAAAUGACAUCUGUUGUAACAGAUUCUAAAUUGUCUUGUGAAAGCUGUUUGCAUCAAUUUUUAAAAGUUGAGUCCAAGUUUCUUAAGUGCAUUUUAUUGAAUGAAAUGUGCAGCAAAAUGAAAAGUGUUCACUUUUUGUGCAACAAUGUCAUCAUUUGCUCUUACAGAAAUGAUCAAGUGCAUUCUGAGUAAAACAUUUCUGCUA